AUGAAGAUUUCAAGCCUUAGCAUUCUCCCCCUUCUGGGUGUUGUGUCCGCUGGAAUUCAUGGCAAAAAGCCGAACGGUCCAACGUAUGCAGGUACCAACCCAGGCUGUACUUGGUAUCUAGACCUCGUUGAUGAUAGCUAUACUUGCGAAAAUAUCGAAAGCCAAUGGGAUUUAAGCCAUGAAGCCUUUGUGGCCUGGAAUCCUGGUGUGAAGAAAGACUGCAGUGGGCUCAAAGUUGGUCUCUCAGUUUGUGUGGAAGCACCGAUGGAAUCAAUUACCGCAACCCCCACGUCAGAGGCUUCAACGUCCUCGGAAACAUCUAGCGCCUCGCCUACCGCUUCGAGGCCUCCUUUACCAUCUCCAACCCAAGAUGGUUUGGUGAGCAAUUGCACAAAGUUCCACCAGGCUGUUAGCGGUGAUACGUGUAGCAAGAUUAUAUCCCGGUAUAAACCCAUCACGUUGGACCAGUUCAUUGAGUGGAAUCCAGCUCUCGAGAAGGACUGUUCGGGGCUUUGGUCCGGUUAUUAUUACUGUGUUGGUAUCCCCGGCACACCCAGUGCGCCCCUCACGAGUAUGCCGGCUAGCACGGCGCACAGUGGUACCAAUUCAAAUGCAACUGUAAAACCUGCUGCCCCAGGCCCAACCCAGGAUGGUAUUGCCAACAACUGUCAGCGGUGGCAUAAAGCGGUAUCGGGGAACACUUGCGCUAGUCUCCUUAAACAGUAUGGAACUUUCACCCUAGAGGAGUUUAUCAAGUGGAAUCCAGCAGUUGGAGAAGACUGCUCCGGCCUCUGGUUAAACUACUAUUACUGCAUUGGCAUACCCGGUACACCCACAACGAAGAAUUCCGUGCCUAAACCAACCACUACGGCAUGUAAUACCCCUGGUCUUCCUUCCCCAACUCAACCGGGAGCUAUAUGCCAAUGCAGCAAGUGGCACCAGGUCAGGCAAGGGGAGACCUGCGACAGUAUUACUCGAAACUACCGAAUUUCAAUCUCAAAAUUCAAAGAAUGGAACCCAAAUGUUGGAAAAGAUUGCUACGGUCUAUGGCUUCGGUAUUAUGUUUGUGUUGGGGGAAAGUGA